GAUAUAUCGAUAGUGCCGGCGAUGUGUUCACAGCUUUAGUACGUCAGUUGUUAUUGUUUUCAUUUGCGCAAUUCAAUUCGAGUGCGGAGCAAAGUGCAUUUAAUGCAGUAUCUGGGACGCGCAAGUUCGCUGCCCUUCCGUUGGCAAUUUACUCGAAAUUUAUUACUCGUUGCCACAGCCACAGUUGCUCUCACAAGCCGCUCGGCCUUUGCGACAAACACUUCAUCAGCAUCAGCAACUUCCUUUGGCAUCAAGAAUCCCAGCAGUAAAAUGGCCGAUGAAACCUAUACACCCGGCACCAGUUCGGUGGCAUUUGUCACCACACCAGACAAAGAGUCGGCCAAGAAAUUGGCCCAUGGCAUUAUCGAGCGCAAACUGGCCGCCUGUGUGAAUAUAAUGCCACAAAUCGAAUCAAUCUACAUGUGGGAGGGCAAGGUCAACGAGGAUAACGAAUAUUUGAUGAUGAUUAAACGCUCAACACGCAUUGAUGAGCUGAGCAAAUUUGUGCGUGAGAAUCAUCCAUACAGCGUCGCCGAGGUAAUAUCGCUGCCCAUCCAGGCUGGCAAUCUGCCCUAUCUGAAUUGGAUAACGCAAACGGUGCCGGAGAAAGCGGAGAGCAAAGACUAAUAAGUUGUAAAGCAAUUUAAAUAAACGGUUGAACUCAAUUAAGCUAA